CCACAAUCAACAUUUAUUUUAAUUCAUAAUUAUAAUUUGUAUUUUGACUUAAAAUGGCCGCACAAAGGUUUAGAUAUGAAGACGCCCAAAUCAAAGAUGCAAAGUCGCUGGAAAUGUUUCGUGAAACAUUGGAACAAAUUUACGCUGUUAAGAAGAUGGCCUCCUCCGAAUUUAUGGAAUUUUACACGCUUAUUAUGGAAUAUUGCGUGAAUGGCAGAGAAAUUUCGAACGUACACGAAAGAGAUUCGCCGUUGGCUUGUUGCUACAAGCGUAUUUGUAAUGCGAUUCGUCAAUAUUUAGACGUUCACAUCUCUGAAAUUUCGAAGAAAAUACCGGAUUCCGAUCAGGAUGAGACAGUAUUGAAUUAUUACUGCAGGAUAUGGACCGAUUUUCGGUUAUCAAGUCGAAUUCUCAUUGCAGCGUCAACGUAUUUAGAUAGGCAACAUAAAAAAAAAGACCCACAUUUCCAAAGAGUCGAACUGAUUUUAUACGAAACAUGGCGCAUUCAUCUUUUUGAGCAUUUAAAUGAAAAGAUGGCAAACGCAGCAUUGAGAAUGUUCGAACGAAGCCGAUCCGGCGAUUGGAUCAAUAAGGAUGCAAUAAAAGCGGUUGUAGAAUCAUACAUCGAUCUCGGUUGUUUAGAAUCUCCAAUAGAUUCCGAUGAUAUCACUUCGCAUUUAAAGGUUUAUCAAAAAUUCGAAGAGCGUGUGAUACAAGGAACCGAUACAUACUAUCAGAAAGAAAGUGUGCGGGCCAUCGAAAAGUACUACCGAGAAGGGAAAUCGUUUGUUAAUUUUAUGCAACAUGUCAUCAGACUUAUUGAUGAUGAAAUGAAGGAGCGCGUUGUUUUGUUACACAAUACAACUAAAGCACCCAUUUUGAAGGUUCUGACUGACACAUUAGUCACAAUGCAUCUUGAAAUAUUUGAUGUUGAAUUUCGGGCAAUGUUGCAGGGUGACAAAAUGAAAGAUAUGUCCGUGACGUAUUCGAUGGCAAUUCGAUCAAAAGCUGUACUUAAACGAUUAAGCUCAAUAUUUGAAGAGCACGUAAUGAAGGCUGGCUUGGAUAAGCUCGAGAAUUGCAGCGAACAAGCGGUUAAGGAUUCAAAAAUAUAUAUUGAGGAAUCACUGUCUGUGUAUAAUAAAUAUCAUGAUAUUGUACAAAAUCAAUUCAAUUGUGAAGUUCUAUUCAUGAAUGCACUUGAUAAAGCCUGCGAUCAAUUUAUGAAUAGAAAUUCAGUGGUUAAGAAAAGUGGAGACCCAACCCUGAGCCCAAAACUGUUGGCCGAUUAUUGUAAUUCGCUGUUGAAAAAAUCGAGCAAAAAUCCCGAAGAAGCGGAACUCGAAUACGCUCUUAAUCAAGCAAUGACCGUUUUUAAACAUAUCGAAGAUAAAGAUGUGUUCCAGAAAUUUUACAGCAAAAUGUUAUCAAAACGAUUGAUAAAUCAUACAUCGGCCUCAGAUGAUGCCGAAGCGUCAAUGAUUUCAAAAUUAAAACAGGCCUGCGGCUAUGAAUAUACAAACAAAUUGACACGAAUGUUCAAUGACAUUGGACUAUCCAAAGAUCUGAAUGACCAAUUUAAAGCGAAAAUGAAAAGUUCCAACGAAACAAGCGAAAUCGAUUUUAGCAUUCAAGUUCUGUCAAGCGGAGCAUGGUCAUUCAGUCAAAGCAUUCAGUUUAAUUUACCAUCCGAACUAGAAAAAUCGAUACAAAACUACACUGGUUUCUAUGCCGGGAUUCAUUCGGGCCGAAAACUUAGCUGGCUGUAUAGCUUGAGCAAAGGCGAAAUUAUGACAAAUUGCUUCAAAAGUCGAUACACAUUACAGGUAAGCACACAUCAAAUGGCUGUGUUACUACAAUUCAACGAACAAACUAGCCUAACGGUUCAACAACUUGGUGAAAGUACUGGAAUCACCAAAGACUACUUGACUCAAAUUCUACAAUCGUUUUUAAAAGCAAAAUUACUUACAUGCUCAGAUGAUGAGAGCAGCAUGAACGAUCAAUCAGUCCUUGAACUGUUUUUGGCCUAUAAAAACAAAAAAUUGCGUCACAACUUAAACGUGCCGCUAAAAGUCGAAGUGAAGGCCGAACAGGAAGCGACGCAUAGGCAGAUUCAAGAGGAUCGUAACCUUUUGAUACAGGCGGCCAUUGUACGUAUUAUGAAAAUGCGAAAAGUUCUCAAUCAUCAAACGUUGGUCGGUGAGGUAUUCACACAACUUUCAGCACGAUUCAAGCCGAAAGUUUCGAUCAUUAAGAAAUGUAUCGAUAUUCUCAUCGAAAAGGAAUACUUGGAACGAAAGGCCGAUCAAAAAGAUGUAUACAAUUAUUUAGCCUAAUUUCAUUCACCAAAUCACAUUUAUAAAUUAUAAUACAAAUCAAACAAGUGUGAGAAUGUGAGAAACAUCAAUUUUUACCUAAUACAUU